AGGGGGGAGGGGAGGAGAAUUGAGAGAUCGGAUUCUGGUAAAGCCACUGACCACGGUUAAGCUAAAGCGGAAGAGAAUUGAAGCCGAGCAAUGAACAGGACUAGAAUUCUACUAGUAUCUGCUAGUUUUUGUCCUUAUAUUGAUGACAUGGCAAUUUGUGUACCGCAGGGUCUAUAGGCGGGCACUUCUUUCUUUUCCCCUUUUUUUCCUUCCCUCUUCUUCUCCUUCCUUCUUCCCUAGGGAGCGACUGUCAUCGCCGACAUUGCCGCCAACCACUGGCGACAAAAACCUUUUUUCCUCUCUCUCUCCUUCCUCCCUGUCCUCUACUUCCCUGGUCACGAUUAGAUCUGGUUGCGCUGGGGUGGGGGAGGAGAUGGCGGGGGAAGGAGAGGAGAGGGAAAGUGGAAAGGAAAGGGAAAAAAAAAAAUUAAAAGAGGAGGCGUCGUCACUGAUGCCCGCAGAGACGGUGGUGAGUUGAGGUGAGGAAGGAAGAAGAAGAAAGGAAAAAAAGAGUUGUGGUUUUGUGCGGUUUUGAAUAUUUUGAAAUAUAUAUUUAAAAAUUUUUGAGAAAUUAAAAACUUAGCAGAAAAAAAUCCUUUGCCAAACAACUAUGUGCAGUUUCAGAUUUGAUUGAUCCCCUGGGACCAUGGGUGAUGGCGGGAGAGUUUAAUUGAUGAUGAUGUCUUCUGGGAUGACGAAGCUGCUUCGAUCAAGCGUACAAGUGAAACACGAAAUUCGACGGAAAGACCGGGAUCCAAGUCAAUUCUACCACCAAUCAUCGAAUGGCCCCUGUAAUUCCCAGGUCAUCCCCCAGUGGAAAAAUUUACAUCGCCGUCGCUCCAACGCCAAGAAAAAUUAAAAAUAAAAAAUAAAUUUAUUCCCAGUCCCCCCAGUUCCAAGACUCCAAUAAUGGAUCGCAUGGUACUAGUAGUAAUUUACCACCUCCUCCUCCACUCCCCCGAUGCUGCUUCGCCUUCGCGCCUAUUUAACUCCAACUCUCCGUCGCUUCUGGUAUCGCCACCGCCACACUCUCAGCUAUCUCAAAUCCUUUCUAGACCCUCUCCUCUCCAUCAUCUCUACUAUAAUGGAUUCAAAUCCAGUGACGGAGGACGCUCCUCAAAUUCAAUCCUUUCCAAACUCCGAUCCUCCGCCGUUUGAUCCGAAAGAACCUGCAAUUCCAAUCUCCUACCCUCUCAAAACGCUGGAAGAGCUCCAGUCCAGGUCCUACUUCGACUCCUUCCAUUUCCCCUUCAACAAGUCCAGAGUGAAGCUGCAGCAGCAGCAGUCUUCGGCUGCCGCCUUGCCGCAACGGCGGAGGAUGCUGGUGUGUCAUGACUUGGAGGGAGGCUACGCGGAUGAUAAGUGGGUACAAGGAGGGAAUAAUGCUGAUGCCUAUGCUAUCUGGCAUUGGUAUUUGAUGGAUGUUUUUGUUUACUUUUCUCAUUAUUUGGUUACUCUGCCUCCUCCUUGUUGGACCAAUACUGCACACAAGCAUGGUGUCAAGGUUCUAGGAACGUUCAUCAUGGAGUGGAAGGAAGGGAGAAUUAUAGCUAACAAACUGCUGUCCACAAAGGAGUCUGCUCAAAUGUAUGCUGAGCUCUUGACUGAGCUUGCUGUUGCUCUGGGCUUUGAUGGAUGGCUGAUUAAUAUGGAGGUUGAGUUGGAUGUGGGACAAAUCCCAAAUCUGAAAGAGUUUGUCAGCCAUUUAACCCAGACCAUGCACUCGUCACUACCUACAUCUUUAGUCAUAUGGUAUGACAGUGUUACUAUUAAUGGUGACCUUGACUGGCAAAAUCAGUUGAAUGACAUGAAUAAACCUUUCUUUGAUUUAUGUGAUGGCAUAUUUGUAAACUAUACAUGGAAGGAAACUUAUCCUAAGGAAUCCGCUUCAGUUGCUGGUGAUAGACGUUUUGAUGUCUAUAUGGGAAUUGAUGUCUUUGGGAGGAACACAUAUGGUGGUGGAGAGUGGACGACAAAUGUUGCACUUGAUGUGAUAAAGAAUGAUGAUGUGUCAGCAGCAAUUUUUGCUCCUGGGUGGGUCUAUGAGACCAAGCAACCACCUGAUUUUCAAACUGCUCAAAAUCGAUGGUGGGGGCUCGUUGAGCAAUCUUGGGGAAUUUCAUUGAAAUACCCCCAAGCACUUCCAUUCUACUCAAAUUUUGACCAGGGUCAUGGCCACCAUAAAUCAGUUGACGGAGCACAAAUAUCAGGCACUCCUUGGAAUAACAUUUCUUCCCAAAGCUUCCAACCCUUUCUCAAGUUCUCUGGAGAUUCUGCAUCAGAUACCAUCCAAGUCUCCGUCGAUUUUAAGGAAGCAUCUUACAGUGGAGGAGGGAAUAUCACAUUUAAAGGAACUCUUGAUGGUGAUGCUUAUUUUAAGGCAAGGCUCUUCCAAGGGGAGCUCAUUUUGGGAGAUUUACCAGUUCACUUUACAUACUCUGUGAAAUCAAAUGACAGCUCUCUUCUAGGACUUUUGCUUGAGUUCUCAUCUGCCAUGAAAGACAAAAUAUCCAUCCUUCUUGCAUCCUGGAGAAACACUUUGCUUACGAUGAACCGUUUCUCAAGCCAAUUUAGUUCUGUGAUAAUGCCACGUCGGGUUACGAAUGCGGAGGCAGCACCAGAAUGGAUCGUGCAGGAAAGUAGCAUUGCAAUGGGCGGUUACACGCUAACAGAAAUUCAUGCUGUAUGCUACAUGGCAACGCCUUUAGUCACUGGCUCUCAACUGGAACCAGAUGAUCCCAAUUCAUCGCUUGCUCUUAGUCAAUCCGAGUAUUCUGCUGUGCUUGGGCAUCUAAAUGUCCAUAUGCCUUCACAGAACUCAGAUUUCCCACCAUCUGCCUCUUGGACUGUUGGAGGUGAAUACAUAAAAUGGAGUUCAGGUUCUGAAGGGUCCAAGGAAUUUAGUGUCAAGCUAAUAUGGCAAUUGAAAGAUGGAAAAGACUCUGCAUUCCCUAUGUUUAAUAUUUAUGUCCAGAAACUGGUGGAUCCCAAGCUAACUGACAAAAUGCUUGCUGAAGUGGCAGAGUUUCUUGGUGUUGCAGAAGUGGAAGCAUUUUACAUUUCUGACCUCAUUCUGCCUUCUGCUACUUCAAGCCUCAAAUUUAUAAUUCAGGUCUGCAAUUUUGAUGGGGCCAGCCAAAAGUUAGAAGAUUCUCCUUUUCUAGAUUUGCAGGUAGAUUUGCAGGUUCCAGGUAUGGCUGCAAACGAGCCGAGCCGAGUCGAGUUUUGAGCUAAUCGAGCGGAACGUCGACUAAAUUUUACCAAGCUCGAGCUCGAAAAUUGCCUUUCAGGUCUGCAAUUUUGAUAGGGCCAGCCAAAAGUUAGAAGAUUCUCCUUUUCUAGAUUUGCAGGUAGAUUUGCAGGUUCCAGGUAUGGCUGCAAACGAGCCGAGUCGAGUCGAGUUUUGAGCUAAUCGAGCCGAACAUUGACUAAAUUUUACCAAGCUC